GCUCUUUACAGCUACACACUGCACUGUUUCCAAGAGCGCUGCGCUGCAGCAUGACACUUCACUGGACUAUGCAAUAGGGAUUUCCGUCUUCACAAAGUUUACUGCCGCUCAGCGCUGCGUUCUCCAGACCAAAGUUUAUGCCAAAGUUCCCCAUUAUCGUUUUCCAAGAUGCCACGCUCUUUCCUGGUCAAGAAACACAUAAACUCCGCCAAGAAGCCAAACUAUAGUGAGCUGGAAUGCCCCACAGUGUUCAUCUCACCGUGUAUCUACAAGGGCCUCCCGCUGCCUGUCAUCCCCCAGCCGGAGAUCCUGAGCCCGGGAGCCUACAGCCCCAUCACAGUGUGGACUACCAGCAACCUGCCGCUGUCUCCGCUUCCCAGUGACCUCUCUCCGAUCUCUGGAUACCCCUCGUCGCUCUCCGACACCUCGUCCAAAGACCACAGCGGCUCUGAAAGCCCCAGGAGCGAUGAAGACGAGCAAAUGCUGCCCAAGCUGACAGACCCUCAUGGAGUGGAGGCUGAGAAAUUCCAGUGUAGUUUGUGUAGCAAGUCCUACUCCACUUAUUCCGGACUGCUCAAGCACAAACAGCUACACUGCGACGCCCAAACGAGGAAAUCUUUCAGUUGUAAAUACUGCGAAAAGGAGUAUGUAAGCCUCGGAGCUCUCAAGAUGCACAUCAGGACUCAUACCUUGCCUUGUGUUUGUAAAAUAUGCGGCAAAGCUUUCUCCAGACCCUGGUUGCUCCAAGGACACAUCAGGACGCACACGGGAGAGAAGCCAUUUUCCUGCCCCCAUUGCAAUAGGGCUUUUGCGGACAGGUCCAAUCUCAGGGCUCAUCUACAGACCCAUUCGGAUGUGAAAAAAUACCAAUGCAAGAACUGUUCCAAAACCUUCUCCAGAAUGUCUCUUCUGCACAAGCAUGAGGAAUCUGGUUGUUGUGUAGCACACUGACUGGGAUACGGCUCCACCAGAGACCUCUGUUGCCUUCCAGCCCAGGAGAACUGUCAGGGAAUCACGUCGAGAGCUCGUUCCAAAUAUGCAGACUUUUCUAUGACUGAUGAUCUGUUUCAUUUCAGAGUAAAAAUAGCUGUGUCAUGUGCUUCUCAUUUCAAGCAGUGUUUCCGCUAUGGCAAUCAGUGUUGAGCUUUGUCAUACCAUAUACUCACCUACCUGUGCUAUUCAUGCACUUUUUGCAUGUUUAGAAAAUGUUUUAUAUGCCUUCACAAUGUUAUCUUGUAUUGUUUGUGCCGAUGUCUCUCAGCGGCUGUGUUAUAAUGGAAUCCUCUUGACUUUUUAUAUGAACCACACACAUACACAUACACACACACACACACACACACACACACACACUAUAUUAAAUGAGGUGUCAGAUGACAGUAAAAACACGAACUCACAAUGGAAUAUUGAAGCCAUCUUUAGGGAACAAGUGCAAACUUAUUUUUAGGGUGAAAUUAUUCUAGCUUUUGCACAGUCAUUUGUCAGAAACUAUUUGCCAGCACUCCAAAUAGCAAUACAAUUUCUCAAGUGCCUCAGUUUCACUUGGCCAUUAUGUAUUUUUAAACAACAGUUUGCUUUUUAUAUUUUUAUAUAUUGAAUGUAAGCGUGACUGAGAUGAUUGUAUAUUGACAGUGACAACUGUGAUGAAUGAAUGAUUUUCAUAUUUUGAUAUUUUCAUGAUGCUUUUAAAAAUAAAGUUUCAUGACCCUUUUCUA